CACUUCAAAAGCAAAUCACCUAGAAUGAUGGACCCAUUUUAGUGCUGGGGAGCUAGAGAAGAAUGAGAAAGGACUGAGUGAGCUAGGAUAGCAAAUUAUUGGACACCCAUGCAUUCUGCAAGUUGGCCAUGUUCUUUGCCUUGAUCACCUGAAAGGCUGCAAAUUCAUGCUCAGUGUGGUCUCUGGCUUCAGUGGCUACUCUUCUCAAAGAUCAUCAUUUUGAAUCAAGGAGAAAUUGCAGACUCUUCCCAUUUUUCUUCCCGUGUGACUCUGGACAUGAGGGUGUCUUGCUGAGAAGUUCCCACUUCUAUCUGCAGACAAGGAAAAGGCAAAGAACACUUUAGCUCACUGCACCAACAGGACCUGAAUGACUUGUUCCUUGGUCGUACCACCCUGCCUUAUGAACUGAAACCUCUACAAUCUGACUUUUUCUCGCUUGUUACUUGAAGUCAGCUCAACAGAAGUUCACAUGGUCUCUGUGAUCAAGAAAAUUUCACAUCCUGAUGAGUGAUCAGCCGCUAAAAGAGAUGUCUGACAACCACAGCAGUCCUCUUCUGCCAGAGACCCUUUCAAACAGAAGCAGCCUCUACGACUCAGAGCCAAGCAGCCCUACCUGGCCCUCAGGCUCUCAGGACACACAAUCAGCCCUGCCCUUGCUGGAAAUGCCUGAAGAAAAGGGUCUCCGAUCGUCUGAUGAAGACAGCCACAUUGUGAAAAUUGAAAAGCCCAAUGAAAGGAAUAAAAAGAGAGAAAGUGAGCUGCCCCACCGAGGCUCUGCAUCCCGAAGAGGCUUCAGCCUCUUCCAAGCAGUGGGCUACCUCACAGGGGAGAUGAAAGAGUGCAGGAACUGGCUGAAAGAUAAGCCCCUGGCUCUGCAGUUCGUAGACUGGGUCCUCAGAGGCACAGCUCAGGUGAUGUUCGUCAACAACCCUCUCAGUGGCUUCAUCAUCAUCAUAGGGCUCCUGAUCCAGAAUCCCUGGUGGACAAUUACUGGAAUUUUGGGGACAGUGGUCUCAACCUUAACUGCUCUUGCUUUAAGCCAGGACAGGUCAGCCAUCACCUCGGGACUCCACGGCUACAACGGCACGCUGGUGGGACUGCUGGUGGCCUUGUCCUCUGACAAGUCAGACUACUACUGGUGGCUUCUGUUUCCUGUGGUCUUCACAACCAUGGCCUGUCCAGUUGUUUCUAGUGCCUUGAAUUCCAUCCUCAGUAAGUGGGACCUGCCAGUCUUCACACUGCCCUUCAACAUUACACUGACCCUGUACCUGGCAGCCACGGGCCAUUACAACCUCUUCUUCCCUGCAACACUGGUGAAGCCUGUGUCUUCGGUACCCAAUAUCACUUGGACAGAGAUUGAAAUGCCCUUGCUGUUACAAGCCAUCCCUGCCGGGGUGGGCCAAGUGUAUGGCUGUGACAAUCCCUGGACUGGUGGCCUGAUCCUGGUAGCUCUGUUCAUAUGCUCACCACUCAUCUGCUUGCAUGCAGCCAUUGGGUCAAUUGUGGGGAUGCUGGCAGCCCUAACGGUGGCCACACCCUUCGAGACAAUCUACAUGGGCCUCUGGGGCUACAACUGUGUCCUCUCCUGCAUCGCCAUCGGGGGCAUGUUCUAUGCCCUCACCUGGCAGACCCACCUACUUGCCCUUGUCUGCGCUCUCUUCUGUGCAUACAUGGGAGGAGCCAUUUCCAACAUGCUGGCGGUGGUUGGUGUGUCACCAGGCACCUGGGCCUUCUGCCUUUCUUCCCUUAUCUUCUUGCUUCUGAAGACUAACAACCCUGCCAUCUGCAAGCUCCCACUCAACAAGGUCACCUACCCAGAGGCCAACCGCAUCUACUACCUGACAAUGAAAACUCCUGAAGGAGCGAAGUCCUCCAGCGGCAGCAGUGGAGAGCAGCCACUCACAGUGGGCCAGAAGGCAGAGGAAGGCACUGAGGCUGUGCUCCCCAGACACAAGAGUGUGUUCCACAUCGAGUGGUCAUCUGUUCGGAGGAGGAGCAAAGUGUUUGGAAAAGGUGACAGCCAGGAGAGACAGACCAAAGAACCUUUUCCCUAUCCUUACCGGAAGCCCGCUGUGGAGCUGCUGGAUCUGGACACCAUGGAGGAAAGCUCUGAGAUAAAGGUGGAAACCACUGUGCCCAGGAUGUCUUGGAUCCAGAGUUCCAUGGCUGCUGGGGGGAAGAGGAUCAGCCAAGCCCUCAGCUACAUCACAGGAGAGAUGAAGGAGUGUGCAGACGGACUUAAAGACAAGUCCCCUGUGUUCCAGUUUCUUGACUGGGUGCUCCGGGGCACAUCUCAGGUGAUGUUUGUGAACAACCCACUCAGCGGCAUCCUCAUCAUCAUCGGCCUCUUUGUCCAGAACCCCUGGUGGGCCAUCGCAGGCUGCCUGGGCACCAUCAUGUCCACCUUGACAGCAGUUUUCCUGAGCCAGGACAAGUCAGCCAUUGCAGCGGGACUCCAUGGCUACAAUGGGGUCCUCGUGGGGCUGCUGAUGGCUGUGUUCUCAGACAAGGGCAACUACUACUGGUGGCUUCUGCUCCCAGUCAUCCUCAUGUCCAUGUCUUGCCCCAUCCUCUCCAGCGCCCUGAGCACCAUCUUCAGCAAGUGGGACCUGCCAGUCUUCACUCUGCCCUUCAACAUCGCCGUGACGCUGUUCCUGGCAGCCACGGGUCACUACAACCUCUUCUUCCCCACGACGCUGCUGCAGCCUACAUCCUCUGUGCCCAAUAUCACCUGGUCAGAGAUCCAAGUGCCCUUGCUUUUGAGGGCCAUCCCUGUCGGAGUCGGUCAAGUGUACAGCUGCGAUAAUCCCUGGACCGGAGGCAUUUUCCUCGUAGCUCUGUUCAUAUCUUCACCUCUGAUUUGCUUGCACGCAGCAAUUGGAUCCACCGUAGGGAUGUUAGCAGCUCUCAGCAUCGCCACGCCCUUUGACUCCAUCUACUUCGGCCUGUGUGGCUUCAACAGCACCCUGGCGUGCAUCGCCAUCGGAGGCAUGUUCUACGUCAUCACCUGGCAGACGCACCUCCUGGCCAUCGCCUGCGCCCUGUUUGCAGCCUACCUGGGCUCUGCUCUGGCCAACAUGCUGUCCGUGUUUGGAUUACCAACCUGUACCUGGCCCUUCUGCCUCUCAGCACUCACCUUCCUGCUCCUGACAACCAACAACCCUGCCAUCUACAAGCUCCCGCUCAGCAAAGUCACCUACCCAGAGGCCAAUCGUGUCUACUACCUGUCACAGGAGAAGAACAGAAGGGCAUCAACCGUCACAAAAUACCAGGCUUAUGAUGUCUCCUAAGUUGUCCUUUCCAAAGCAUGUCACUGUAAAUGCAGACUUCAGCGGGCUGUCUGCAUCCCCAGGCUAAAGGCCAGCUAACCUCCCCUCUGUAUCUUCUGUGAUUCUGCCCCCAAGCACAGGGAAAUGUAUGUGUGAUCAGCAUUUGGGAAGCUCUCUAAGAUAAUUUAGUUCAGACUGGACUCCCAUAGCUGGCUCCAUGAGAGCCCCCCUAUGAUAGAAACUCUUCCUGUUCUGCAAAAGAAUCUUCAUUCCUAAGGAAAUGUCAUGGAGAAAAGGACAGAAAUGGGUAAUACUUGUGCAAUCUCACUCAUUAAUAUAGCAAAGCACAGUGCUGGGAAAUGUUCAUGAGCCUGGAAGGCAAGAGGACUGGCCCCACCCACCUCUGCCACUAAUAGGUCCCAAAAGUCUUAGCCAGACUUCCCCCAUCUCAGUCUCGACUUCUUAUUGACAGGAAUUUCUUUAUGACAGGGUGGGAUUUAGGUCCCUUCUACCUCAGAAGUGUUGGUUCUUCUCUGUCUCUUGUAACCUGCUUAACAGCAUAACCAGAAAGAAAUUACCCAGGGUUGAGUGACAGAAGGAAGUGUCACCUCCAGAAAGGGCAGGAAAGAGUUGAUUAUCUCUGGAUUCUUAUUUUGGGGUCAUGAGAGAUGAUCUCCAGACUGGGGUUAGGGAUCAAAAUCUACCAAAAAUGACUCUAUGCCCUCCUUUGCAUAACUGAAAUGUUUUCACAAAUGUCAUAAUGGGAAAACUGAUCUUUUCAGCAUUAUAAUCAUAUUAUAAACAAAUGUCUUUCUUUUUAUAACAUUCAUAAUUAUACUCUCAUUAAACUCUUUAGA